AUGGCUGAGAUCCUCGAGGGGAUCAAUGAGCUCCGAGAGCUACCCGAAGACCAGCAUCUAUUCUGCCCGCGCAUCGGCGCCAACGAUGGAUCGACCUACUACGAUGAAGACGUUGCAGGCGAACCAGAAGUCGACGCCACUGAACUCGAGGAACGGAGACUGAAGAUACGAGAAGCUGAGGAUCGUAAAUGGACAGUGCUCAAGUCCAUGGAAAUAUUGGCUUUCGAUGGCGACGAGGCCGCACCGCACAAGGAAUGGCUAACAAGCCGUCUCGACACACUCAUGCAGACCUGCGAUGUCUGCGUACGGGUGUUCUAUCAGUCGAGGGCAGAGUGGAGGACGCGGCUAAUCGACUCUUAUGAUGAGGACAACAUUGCCGACUUCUUGCAGGUGGUUGACAAUCAGUGCAUAGGGCGCAUACGAAGAGGGCUGGAUGAAUCGACUGAUGUUCUGCGUAAACUCGAGCCGGCAGAGCGUAAGAUCAGCAAGGUGCCAGUAUGGUGUACCUAUGCCUUCUUCGAGGCGCUAAGCUGCGAUUAUGUGGUCCGCAGCGAGGAAUUCCUUCAGCAGCAUUUUGAUGCGCCAUUCGACAUGGUGCAGACGAAGAAGCGUUUGAAAGUACAGACCUGUUUACCAGCCAUGACGCGCUUCUUGUUCUGUAGAAAUCCGAGGCGUCUCAAGUGGGCGACGGAGUCAUGGUCUACGUUCAAGCGCAACAUCAUCAAGUCCGAAUUCGAAUGGGCUGUGCGAGAUCACCUUGUAAGCGUCAUGAUGAAGGUCCAGAUGAAUAACCUUGACCUGUCGCUCGUAUCACUCUUCUGGAACGGUGCGCGACUCAUCAUCAGCAGAAUGGACCGAGACCUAAUCACCGACUGCAUCCGAGGUCUGGACGGAGACUUUUACCGCCUAAUGCUCGAUCAUCUUUCACUGCAGUCGGAGGGCUUCCUGGACUUGACCGCAACCAUGAAGCAGCUUUUAGAAACUUCCCCCGUGGAUUAUUGGGAGGGAAUGAAUGCUGUUACUCCGUCAAUCGCGACCGUGGUAGAGCAGGUGUUCAAUAGCCCGGUCUUGAACCAGCUGCUUCUUGCGGCGACUGCAACCGACAAGCAGAGCAUGGAUAACUUACAUGCUGCGUUCAGCUGGAUUCCGUCUCUCUUAUCGACAAUCAAGGAAUCCCAUCUUGGUCCUGCCAUUCGCCCCUUUGGCCACGCCCUGUUCGAACGCUUCCAGUCAGAUAGGUAUCCACGCGUCGCGAGAGACUUAUGCUUCAGAGAAGGUCUGAAGGUACUUGAUUACGCGUUCCGAAAAAUGGGACAGGGGAAAUCAAUUGACAAGUUCGUGGGUCAGCCCACUGUCAAUGGUAUGCUAGAUAUGCUCUCAAGGCACAUACAAGUACUAGUUUCGAGCCUCAAGCGAUUCAAGAACGAUCCAAACUUCCAGGAGGAUAUGCAGCUCGCGCUUUCUGUCAUCCAACAUGCCUUCCAGCUCGAGGCGCAGUCACUGAUUAUCGAGCGACAGCUCAUCUCAGCGAAACAGCCCUCGCCUACGGAGACGCCUCCUUCGAGUCCAAUUUGGAAGACAGUCUUGAAAGCGAUAGAUUCGCAGAGCCUGGAAUUGGCUACUCAUUUGUUGAUCGCUGGUCGAAAUCUGAUUGGUCUGGAACCGCUGCAAAUGAAGCCCGGAGUUGACAAGAUACCUGCGACUGUGCGGCAUUUCAAUAACCGCUUCGAACUCCUAUCUCAGUCUAUCACUGAUGUGGUCGACCGACUCUCGGAGUUCGACCCGACACAACUGCAAGCGCUGUUCGAAAAGCAGUCGGCUGCCAGCGCCAUUGUCUCGUUGCUUUUCUCAUCAACAGAGGGCACAAGGAAUUCGGCGAUCGAGCUCCUCAAGGUCAUCAGCUCGGAGGAAGAACGUAGUGACGCACUCCAGCACAUUCUCAAGGUUCACUACAGGAACGUCACUCAAGGCAUCUCUGACUCGAUUCGACAAGUCAGACACAAGAAGGCCUUCGCUCCCGCGCCAAGUAUGAUUAGAAUGUGCUCUGAAAUCAUCGAGGCGAUGUGCAACUCGCAAAAUGGAAUCCUGCGAGCUCGAGAGUUUACCUCUGACGAUGCUGGAGUCACGAUGAAUUUCUGGAAGAACCUCUGGGACUCCUUGACGAUGAUCUUCGCAACAACAGAGGCUUGGAGCAACCUGGGCUUUUACGAGAAGUCUAUGAUGAUGGACUUCUGCAGAAAUACGAUGGAAUUUGCCGACGCACUGUUCGAUCAAUGCAGCAUCUUCGCAACCGCCUUGAAAGGGGGCUCUGCCGAUGAAGAAGGUGCUCCUUCAAAGACUGCUCUACUUAGAGAGCUCUUGGCUCUCCCUGCGAAUGCCAUGGAUGGCCUGGUGAAAUGGCUGCGUCUUCGCGAUGAGUUCUUGUCGAGCAAAUCUACGACUUUGAUUAGCAAACUUCUUGACAGACUACAUGCUGUCUCUAUCGAAGUCGACAUCAAUGCGUUGACAUACAUGGAGAAGAUCCUUUCUGGCGAAGUUCGCGCGAAGCUUAGCGCUACUCAACAAGCUACGCUUCAACAGGCUCUCGAGAAGCAUCUUGGGCGUUCUCUUGUAAAGGAAGAGGAACCGGUAAAGCCAAAGCAGGCCUCCAUAAGCAAAUGGAUGUCUACUGGUGCGAUGCCGACGCCCUCGGAAGGCAAAGCGAAGCUGUUGGCUAGCUUGACCUCGGGUUCGAGCGCCUUCCAAGCCAAACGUGAGCAAAUGCGAGCUUCUGACGCCAAAGCUGCAAAGCUCAAGGCUAUGGAAGAUCAGAGGAAUGCUUCGUCAGAUGAAUUUAGGCGCAAGCGACAACUUGAGCUUGAGAGACGGAACAAGGAAAAAGAGGCUGCGAUUGUAAAGGCCAGAGCAGCAAGGGGCCUUGGAUCACACAACGCGGAAGCAGGCUCCGGUCUCGAGGGCCUGGGCGUCCUAGGCAAGGAUCAAGCAGCAAAGGGUGAGGGCCUGAUGCACUCCUCCGAUGAAUCCGAAGAUAGCGAUGGUGACAUUGACGAGGAACUUUUCGGGAUGAAGAAGGAGAAAGUAAAGACAGGCCCAAAAACCAAUAUUGUCAACGAGAUCAAAGUUCAGAUGCCUGUCAAGAAGAAACGAGUUCAAAGAUCCAUCAAGGAUAUGCGCGCUCGGCUGGCACCCGAUCUUGGCUCCUUGCACAGGGCUAUCCUAGGAUGGAACUAUUUCCAUGAUGGCGAUUUCCCGCCCAACUCGCGACCGGAAAUAUAUUCCAAAGUCCUCAGCACGUUCCGGACUCCAAAUGACUAUCAAUCCACAUUUGAGCCACUGUUGACUCUAGAAGCAUGGCAAGGUUUUGUCAAAGCUCGCGAGGAGAAUCAGGCAAGGCCAUACGAGGUCCGAAUCACGUCUCGAGCCAGUGUCGACGCAUUUCAGGAAAUAGGCAGUACAAUGACACAGAAAGAGAACCAGGAAGUCAUGAUCUCUGAAGGCGACAUCAUACUUUUAUCACAGUCAAAGUCCCCUUCUGGUAACGAGCCAACUUGCCUUGCAAGGGUGUACAAGGUCAAGAGAAAGAACCAACAUAUUGAGGUUUCAUACCGUGUGGUACCUGGCAACCCUCUUUCGGCCGCUCUGCAGCCAAACAAUAGCCUUUUUGGGACUAAGCUGCAGUCCAUUACCCCGCUUGAGCGCGAGUAUGGUGCGCUGAAGGGUCUCCAAUAUUACGAUCUCUGUGAUGAGAUUAUCCGGGCGAAACCCUCUCCACUCCUCACCUACAAAGACAGCCAGAUACAGCCGCUGAUCAACACUUACAACGUCAACAAUGCGCAGGCAAAGGCAAUCAAAUCAGCACUCGACAACGAUGCCUUCACUUUGAUUCAAGGUCCUCCCGGUUCGGGCAAGACCAAGACGAUUACUGCUAUUGUAGGGGCGAUACUUACCGACAGUCUCCGAACCCGCGGUACUACUAUCAACGUUCCUGGUCAGCAACGUCCCAACACGGCUACGAAGAAGCUAUUGGUUUGUGCGCCAAGCAAUGCUGCUGUAGAUGAGCUGGUUAUGCGUUUUAUGGAUGGCAUCACGACACUUAAUGGCGAAAAACGCAAUGUGAACAUCGUUCGUCUCGGUCGCAGUGAUGCCAUCAAGGUCGAAGUACAGGAGGUGACGCUCGAAACGCUGGUCGCAAAAAAGCUUAACCUGAAUUCUUCGGAUAGCAAGAAUGAUGCAGAAGCCAAGUCGAAGAUUUUCCAAGAACACAAAAUGAUCUCCGAACAGCUCAAGCAGGCGUACAUGCAACGAGACACUGGCGAGAUCAAGGGUGAAGCUGCUGCGAAGCUCGACGACGACAUCAAUGCCCUGAGAAGGAGGAAGACUGCGCUUGGGACCAAGAUCGAUAACGUAAAGGACGAGGAAAAGAUACAAAAUCGCACUGCAGAUUUGGAUCGAAGGCGGGCACAGGAGAGCAUCUUGAAUGAUGCGCAUAUCGUCUGUGCAACGCUCAGUGGUUCCGGUCACGAGAUGUUUCAGGGACUGAGCAUCGAGUUUGAGACUGUCAUUGUCGACGAAGCCGCUCAGUGUGUUGAGAUGAGUGCACUCAUUCCCCUCAAAUAUGGCUGUGCCAAGUGUAUCCUUGUCGGAGAUCCCAAACAACUUCCUCCGACUGUCUUUUCCAAGGAAGCAGCACGCUUCCAGUACGAACAGAGUUUGUUUGUGCGCAUGCAGAAGAACCAUCCUGACGACGUUCACCUCCUGGAUACGCAAUAUCGUAUGCACCCCGAGAUCAGCCUGUUUCCCAGCCAAACCUUUUACGACGGCAAAUUGUUGGAUGGUGGUGACAUGGCGGGAUUACGCAAGAAGCCGUGGCAUCAAAGCAUGCUCCUUGGUCCUUAUAGGUUCUUUGAUGUUCAGGGCCAGCAGGAAGCUGCGCCCAAGGGUCACUCGCUCAUCAACAUGAAGGAGAUCGACAUUGCUAUCCAAUUGUACACCCGGCUAAUCUCCGACUACCCUGACUACGACUUCAAGGGCAAAGUGGGCAUCAUCACACCAUACAAGAGUCAACUGAGAGAACUCAAGGCAAGAUUCAUGGCUCGGUUCGGGGAAAAGACGGAUGAGAUGAUCGACUUCAACACUACAGAUGCUUUCCAAGGUCGUGAGAGUGAAAUCAUCAUCUUCUCUUGUGUGCGAGCUUCUCCUGCCGGUGGAAUUGGGUUCUUGCAAGACAUUCGUCGUAUGAAUGUCGGUCUUACGCGUGCAAAAUCUUCACUUUGGGUUCUGGGUAACUCACAGUCGCUUAUGCGCGGUGAGUUCUGGAAGAAGCUAGUCCUGGAUGCCAAGAAUCGGGAUCGUUACACUGGUGGCGACGUGACAAAGAUGCUUAAUCAACACUCGAGCAAGUACCCAGCUCCCAAACAAGGUUACGUCCAGCCACACCGACCGGAUCCAUCGGAGCCGAUAAGUCGAACCGCAAGCGCCCAUUCGGAUGGAUGUUCAAAUCCCCAGCAAAAGCCUAUCAAACAAGAGGUCAAGGAAGAGAUCAAAGAAGAGCCCAUGAAGGAACGCACAUUAGUGCAUCAUGGCAAGCGCAAGUUUGAGCAGCACGGCGAAGGUGUCGAAGUCAAGGGCGAGAGUAGCGAUGUCGACAUGGAGGAUGCACUGUCGGACUGUGCAUCCAAUACUAAUACCCUCAAUGGCGGUAGUGGCCGUUCGACACCAGCAGCAUUUGCAGACGCUUCUCGUGACACAAGCAAGGGUCCCAACGGUACGGCCACUCCAACGGCCAUCGAUCCUCUGCCUGGCGAUGUGAUCGGGGCAAUGGCGAAACCAAAGAUUCGCAGACGGCCGCGUGAACCGCCCAAUCCGUUUAUGACGAAGAAGCCCAGGACUAGAUGA